GCGUCUUUGCGUCGCUGCUCAGCCUUUGAAACUCGGGCUGAGUUCAAUUAGGAGACCAUGUCCGCCAUCAACCCACUGCGCUCUUCUGUAUUCUCGUUUAAACCAAAUUCUCCAUGAAAUAGCAGUAACGCGUGGCCUCAAGAAUGGCCAGUUCGGGUGCAGUUCAGGUGAAACUAGAGCUUGGUCACCGUGCCCAGGUCAGAAAGAAACCUACCGUGGAAGGUUUUACGCAUGACUGGAUGGUGUUCGUCAGAGGAGCCGAGCGCAGCAACAUUCAGCACUUUGUGGAAAAAGUAGUUUUUCACCUGCACGAAAGCUUCCCAAGACCAAAAAGAGUGUGCAAAGACCCACCAUAUAAAGUUGAAGAGUCGGGGUACGCUGGCUUUAUCCUGCCCAUUGAAGUUUACUUCAAAAACAAGGAAGAACCUAAGAAAGUGCGCUUUGACUACGACCUGUUCCUGCACCUGGAAGGCCACCCGCCUGUCAAUCACCUGCGCUGCGAGAAGCUGACCUUCAACAACCCCACCGACGAGUUCCGCAGGAAGCUGCUGAAGGCUGGGGGGCAAAGAGAUCCACAUAAGAGAAGUACAGAAGACUCUAAAGUGAUGGUAAUGCAGGAGGGAUCCACGUCCUUGUUCGGGCAGCAUCUGAAGCUGCCCACCCUCCCCAGCAGCUCUCUGACGCUCACCUUCUCCGACGCCAAGAAGAGCAAGUCGUCCCUGGGGUCAAAGGUCGGUGGGGAUUCCCAGGAUGGGUCGAGGAGCAGCAGCAGCUCUCUCAACACCGCCAGCGCCAUCAGCGGCGGCGGUGGGGGCUCCUCCAAGCUUCACAAGCCGAAGGACCACAAAGACAGAACUGCAAAAGACUCGAAGGAGCAUAAAAGUGCCUUUAAAGACAGUGCCCGAGACCCCGGCAAGCCUUCCAAAGAUUCCUCCAAGAAACCCAAAGAGAACCAGCCGGCCCGGGACGAACGGUCCAUCCCCAAGAUGGGCUUCAAGGAACCCAAGGCCCUGUCCAAGGAACACAAGUCCGAGGGGCCCGUCAAUCACGGGGCAGGGGCGGGACCUGGGGGGUCCAAAGCCCCCGGCAAGAGGCCGCCCGUUGGUGACGGCGAGGAGCACGUGACCAAAAAGAGGAAGAAGGGCUUUCCCGAGGCGCCCGCGAAACCCGCGUCCGGCCCCGCCUCCUCGCCACCUCAUCACCACUCGGAUAAAAAAACCACGCGGGAUAGGCCGCCCAUCCGGCCCGCGAAGCUGAAGGUGGACAGCGAGCCGGCGGCGGGCCGGAAGCCUCCCGCCCUCCCGCCGUUGCGUGACCUCGUCGUCGACUCCAACGACUCGGACGCGGAGGACAACAUGUCCAACAAAUCAGAGUCAGAGCAGCCCAGCCCAGCCAGCUCCACCUCCAGUUCCAGUUCCAGCUUCGCUCCCUCCCAAAAACACCACAGUAACGAUCGCCAAGUGCCUGAUUUCGUCUGCAGGAAGGUGGUGGCUGUUCCUACGACAGCCCACACAGUCUUGGGCCCCCUGCGCUCUAUAAUCCAGGAUCUACACUCAGAGGAUAAUGACGAAGAGUCUGAGGACGAUGACGAUAAUGAAGCGGACUCUGACCUGGAGCGGCCACUGCACACGCACCUGAGCCACCGGCACCGCAGGGUGAGUCUGAGUGAUGGCAGCGACAGCGAGAAUAGCUCCGCCUCUUCCCCCCCGCCCCGGAACGACCCCCCACCGCCCCUGCUGAAGACCAGCAAUAACCAGAUACUGGAAGUGAAAAGUCCAAUAAAGCAGUUGAAGCAAGAAAAAAGCAUGAAAAACAUUGACUGUGACAAGGCCUACCUGGAUGAGCUGGUGGAACUGCACAGACGACUGAUGGCGCUGAGAGAGAGACACAUCUUACAACAGAUCGUCAACCUCAUCGAGGAGACGGGACACUUCCACAUCACCAACACCACCUUUGACUUUGACCUUUGCUCGCUGGAUAAAACCACGGUGCGCAAGCUGCAGAGUUAUUUGGAGACUUCCGGAACAUCCUGAGGAUCUGGGUGCAGCUGGCUGCCAUGAAAGGGGAAGAUCCUCACGCCCACGUGGGGCACGGGGGUGGGGGGUGGGGGGUGGGAGGGAAGAAAGAAAAGGAUUUUUUUUUUUUAAACUUGAAAUUAUGCAGCGACAAAAAACUGCCUGCCAAGUCUGGAGAUUCCUGCCCUCUCAGCUUUAUCUCCUCUUCACUCGGGAGCUGGCGACUGCAGAAAGAUGGAGGGGGGGAUGGGGAGGGGUGGGGAGAAUGGUGCAGAAACCUUGGAGCUCCGUUCCUGUUGUCCCAGAGUUCACCUGGAAUGCCUUGAAAACAACUUCAAAAAAAAAACUAUGUAAAAAAAAAUGGGGAAAAAGCAAGACCUGGCUCUUAAAGAAUGUGGAUAUCGUUACUGUGUACUGUGUGCGAUAAUUCGGUUCCCUUUUUUGUGAAGAUUGCAUGUGAAAACACUGCCUUACUACAUUGUCCGUCUAUUUAUUGAGUUUCAGGUCUGUGUGGGUGGGGGGGGGGGGAUAGGGGUCGUUGUCUUGGCGAACGGGUGUGGCACGGCGUACAAGCACUUCAGGAACCCCCGGGUGUGCGGCUGCGUGGAGGGAAAACGGGCGCGUGCGGUCCCCUUCCAGCGUUUCCACACGCGGGGCUAUUGCUGCUUCCUGUCAAAGGAAGGCACUGCAGAGACUGCAGCUUGCGCUGUGUGUGUGUGUGUGUGUGUGUGUGCGUGCGCGUGUGUGUAUUGGAACUGAAAGCAAAUUGCAUUGUAAAAUAAUCAUUUUAAAGAACAUGCCCUGAAAAUGUAUAUUCUUGGUACAAAAGUUUGAAAAUUACAAUUGGACAGUCAAAGUUCAAAUCAUGUCAAGAAGGCAGGCUGUUAUUUUUAUGUUUGUGCACUAGCCUCAAUUUGAAUGAGAACGAGGCCAGUUUAACCAAUCACAUGCUGAAAUGUAGCAGUGAGUGGGAGGGGAUUAGUCAAUGUGGUGAGUGGGAGGGGAGGGAUUUGUCAGGGGUCAUGUGAAUUGAGCCCACUGGUAGGAGCAAAGCUUGAGUUGGGUAGGCAAAUCUACACGUUCUGAGGCUGGUAGGACUAAUGUAUUCUUACAAAUGUAAGAUUUGUUUUGUAGAAAAAACCUUUUUGAACCUGUUAAUCUUAUUUAUUUUGUGGGGGGUGGGGCAGGGGGGACCCUCAGUUGCCAAAUAUAAUUUCUGUAUGGAGGGGAAACGAAGUCACACUUUUUUUUUUUUUUCGUGGAGGUGGAAACUGCUCUGUUGGUAACUGAAAGGAACCCAGUUUAAUUUGGCUUGUUUUGCCAAGCGAGAAUCUGUGAGGUAACCCUGAGAGGGGGGAUUGUUGGGCGGAAUGCACAAGUCCUUCUUUGUGUUUGCUGAAAAACGGAGUCGUUUCGGGACUCCGGUUUCGCUGUGUUGUGUUAGAAAUUUACGGCGGGUCACUCUGUAAUGGGCACAGACACGACCAUACGGCCAGCCGGGAGGAGGGGGAAUAGCUACAGGCACUGUUUGUGAUUUGUGUAUGAUUUUUUUAAAAAGAAAAAAAUGUUGUAUUUUGUUUCUGUGUGUGUUUGCAUACUACGGGCUCAUUCUGUCAAUCCUUCCCCUGCAUUCCAUUUCUCAGCCCAAAGAUUUUUUUUUCCCCCCCUAAUUUGUUUUGUACAAAUAUCAUGAUAUAUUGUUUAUAUGUGUAUAUAAACUCUAUAUGUGAUGCAUCCCGCCA